GCUAAAAACCGAUACUGCUCAUCAGACAUCCCACAUCCCUAGUGUUAAAAAAAUAAAACGUCACUGUCAUUAGUGUCAUUUCAUAUUAGUAACGCGAGUGGUGUGGGUUGCAAUUACAUGGGAUCGGCGUGUUGAUUCUAUUGUUUUGAACGUAUAUUUGUUGGUGAUGGGGCCGCUGACCCCGUGUGGCUGCUGCCAGCUGCGCGCCGCGGACAAGGAGCUGCAGGCGCCGUACACCCGGCUCGGCGCGACCGAGGUCUACGCCCACAUGCUCCGAGAAUGCUUCGGCAUUCACGUGGCACUGAGCAGUGAAGACUCUUAUGGGAUCUGCUCGGUGUGCGUGGGCCGCCUGCAAGAUGCAAGUGACUUCAAGCUGCAAGUGCUGCGUACUCAGGCGGAGCUGCAGGCGGGGCUGCAACAAGAGGCGCAUGUUAAAAAAGAAGAAUUAAUAGUGGAGUCAGAAACGGAGUAUGGAGAUGUGGCCGGUGACGAGCCGGUGUCGGUAGCAUUAGUCGGCGCGGCUGGAGCGGACCCGGAGCCGGCGCCGUCAGUGUCCUUGCGCGCCAGACAGCAGCUCGCGAUGGCUUGCUGCGUGAGGCUCGCGCGCCUCCGCGACUCCCCGCGCGCGAGCCAGCCGUGCCCCGCGCCGCCGCCCGCCACUGUGCAGCGAGAGCCCCGCACACAACUCUACACCUGCGACACUUGCCGGGCGCACUUCACACACAAGUCCACCUUACUCACACAUAUACAGAACCUUUGCGAACGAAGAAACAAACGUGAAACCUCCUUAAAACUGUUUACACAUAAAGGGAAAGUCAAAACAAAUGAGAAUACUCAGACUGAAGUUAAACUAUACGAAUGUAAGGAAUGUAUGAAGCGAUUUAGUCGAAAGUAUAACUUACGUAUACAUGAAAAAUAUCACAGUGGACUGAAACCUUAUGUAUGUAAGGUUUGUAACAAGCGGUUUACACAAAAACGGGAUUUAAAACGUCAUGAGAUAACUCACGGUGGAGUGAAGCCAUAUAUUUGUAAAGUUUGUAACAAGGGGUUUGCUCAAAAAGGGAGUUUGAACAAUCAUGAGAAUAUUCACAGUGGAGUGAAGCCAUAUGUAUGUAAGGUUUGUAACAAGCGGUUUACACAAAAAGGGGAUUUAAAACGUCAUGAGAUAACUCACGGUGGAGUGAAGCCAUAUAUUUGUAAAAUUUGUAACAAGGGAUUUAUUAAAAAAGGGAGUUUGAACAAUCAUGAGAAUAUUCACAGUGGAGUGAAGCCAUAUGUAUGUAAGGUUUGUAACAAGCGGUUUAUUCAUAAAAGGAACUUAAAAUAUCAUGAGAAUACUCACAGUGGAGUGAAGCCAUAUGUAUGUAAGGUUUGUAACAAGCGGUUUAUUCAUAAAAGGAACUUAAAAUAUCAUGAAAAUACUCACAAAGGAGUGAAGCCAUAUGCAUGUAAGGUAUGUAACAAGCGGUUUAGAUCUACAGGGCAUUUAGAAAGUCAUGAAAAUACUCACAGAGGAGUGAAGCCAUAUGCAUGUAAGGUAUGUAACAAGCAGUUUACACAAAAAGGGGGUUUAAAAUAUCAUGAGAAUACUCACAGUGGAGUGACGGCAUAUGUAUGUAAUAUUUGUAACAAGCGAUUUACUCAAAAAUACAGUUUAAAAUAUCAUGAGCGUACUCACAGUGGAGUGAAGCCAUAUGUAUGUAGGGUUUGUAACAAGGGGUUUACAUCUACAUCUAAUUUAAAAAGUCAUGAGACUACUCACAGUGGAGUGAAGCCACAUGUAUGUAAGGUUUGUAACAAGGGGUUUGCACUAAAGUCGACUUUAAAACGUCAUGAGAUAACUCACCGUGGUGUCAAAGCACAUACAGCACAAAAAAAAAGAGAAUGA